AUGCUUACAAUUACAGCAAUGCAGAAGCCGGUCACGAUUGAAGUUCGUCGCAAAGUCAAUGGGAAAUUCUUGCCGCCACAAUGGCCCGAUGUGCAAACAUUCUUCCAGACUCCACCACAGGAUGGAAUACAAAUAGUUUUCGCAGAGCUGAAUCCAUCAGCUGGAGAUACGGGAAGCUUCACCGUGCCCAUGACCACGGACUGGGCAUAUCCGUCGGAAUUGUGGGAGCCUUACUGCUGGGAGUCAAACGGCUAUGCAGGCAGUGGCCAUCAUAUCCACCAAGACGGGAUCAAAGUCAUCAAGACAUCAUGGUUCAAGUUUCUGGUCAAGCAGCUGAACGAUGACUCACUUCACCCGAGGAGAGGUGAUGAAUGGUAUCGCUACAAAUGGUAUGAAAUGUGCUUCUAUGUAUAUGCCGUCUCGGAUGGCACGGCGGUCGUCUUCUGCAUCGACACGCCACCGAUGUUUCGCGAAGAACUCAUGAGCGCACUGGCAGCGAACAAGUGCGGACCGCCCACGGACGCGUCGGCUUUGUUUCAAGCCAGCAUUCUCGCAGAAGUUGUCAAGUUGUAUAACACAUCGAUCUGGUCACUUCGAGAUUCUGUCCGAAAGCUUGAAAAGGAUCGAGACAUUUCCGGCAUCGCCAGGGACAGACACUUCAACUUCGCCAGAUUGCACGACCUAGCGAGACACGUCAUACACACUUGCGAGAUUGUCGCUGUUGCGUGUGAUAGUGUCACAGAGAUGAUUGGUGACGCCGGAAACAAUCCUACUGGUUCUUGCGAUUGUUCCAAUGGCAACUCGCAAGCGGCCAAGCUGGCAUGUCCCCACAGCGAAAUGGCCUUCUCGCUGAGGUUGUUACGCAAUUUCCGACGGCGAUCAGAGGCACUCAAGGCACGACUGACAAACGAGAUAAAUCUAGGAUUCAACCUUGUUGUGCAGCAGGAUAGUGAUUCGAUGAAGACUAUUGCAUUGGUUACUCUUGCUUUCCUCCCGGCAACCUUUGUUUCGACAAUUUUCAGCAUGAGCUUCUUCUCUCUUCAAUUUAAUGAAGACACCGGCGACCAAGACUGGAUUGUGUCGCACAGAUUGUGGAUAUAUUGGGCGUUGGCGGUGCCUCUGACUAUUCUGACCUUGAUAUGCUGGACUUAUGGACAACGCACGAAAUCGAUGACAUCGCUGAAAAACCGGCACAUGAAACAGUCUUAG